UGCGCGUGCGUGUGACAUCACAGAGCGCACAACACAACCACCACCACCACCACACACACACACGCUUCCGUCUCGAACUCUCACCACUCAGCGGCCACCGACUCGCAGCUGUCCCCGCUCCACACUCUACACAACACACACACUCAGUACACAACACACACACUCAGUACACACACACACUCAGUACACACACACACACACGCAGCACACACACACACUCAGCUCGUACUCACACAGUGCAACACACGCGCAGCACACACAGCGAUGGCAGGGGGCUACGUGUGCUCGCUGUCGCCCGAGCUGGUGGAGAGGGCUCGCGUGGAGCUGGGAGAGAACCCCGAGACGAGGGCCCAGGAGGUGCAGAAGCUGAGGGAGGCGCUCGCUCGUCGCCCCGACAUCCCGGCCCGGACGGACGACGCCUUCCUGCUGCGGUUCCUGCGAGCCAGGAAGUUUGACCACGAGAAGACCUUCAAGCUCGUGGAGAGCUACUACAAGUGCCACGAGACCUGGCCAGACAUCUUCCAGAAUUUCCGACCGUCCGCAGUGAAAGCGUUGCUGGGCAGCGGCUUCAUCCGCGUGUUGCCAGAGCGGGACUCCAAGGGCAGACGCGUCAUCAUACAGAGUCCCGGAAAGUGGAAUCCUUCGACGACUCCCAUGAUGGACAAUAUCAGAGCGAUGUACAUGACGAUGGAGCUGCUGAUCCAGUCCGAGGAGACGCAGGUGAACGGGAUCACCAUCCUAGCAGACCACAAGGGCGUGCGCCUCGCCCACGUCACCAACUUCACCCCUUCUCUUAUGAAGAAAAUAACCACAGUGAUGCAGGAUGCAUUUCCAAUACGAAUAAAGGGACAUAACACAGUUAAUGAGCCAUCGAUAUUCAAAGCCAUGUUCGCCUUGAUGAAGCCCUUUUUGAAGGAGAAGAUGCGAAAGCGGAUGAUAUUCCACGGCACGGACUUCCUGUCGCUGCACAAGCAAAUCUCUCCCGACAUCCUGCCAGCAGAGUACGGGGGCACGGCGCCCGGGAUCUCCGCCGACACCUGGGCCCAGGAGCUGCUCGCCGCCGAGCCUUACUUCCUCGAAGCGUUUGGAGGCAUCGUCUUCAAGAAGGAUUUGCCCGCGGAGGUCCUCACGGACGAGGAUAAGAAGCUGCAGGCAGAUUUUAGGCGGGUCAUUGAGGAGGUAGAGCCCGACGAGGAGUGGACCAAGCUAUAGAUCGCCUGCACUCGCGUCCGGCCUGAGGGCCUGCACCUCGAGCCAAUCAGAAAUAAGUAGAGCUGAGCUACACGAUUGUUUAAGCGAUUGAUUAUUGAAUCUAAUGGUUCAAUUAAUUACUGUUGAAAAAAUAAGAAAAUAUUCGGGGGCGGGGGGGGAGUGUCAUCUGUGUUCUCACAUUGUGCCACUGGACUGGGGAGGUGAUGGGUGGGAGUCACCAGGAUCAUCAUCAGCCGCAUAAUGCUGGAUGUGGCUUGUAGGGAGUUUCCUGUCUUCUUUUUUAAAGGUGGCAAUUAAUAAACUACAAAAAGUCGAUAACAGGUUCUAGUCGAUCGAUCGUCAGUGUUUCUAUGUUAAAAUGACCUCACCCACGUGAGGCCAAGAGAGGGCAUUAGAUAAUAUGAGACACACAUCACUGUUGUUGAUGCCAUGAGUGGCUGGAUUGCUUUUCUUAGAUCUGCCCUCUGCUGGCAACAGUUGGUGGUGUUAGUUGUAGAGACGCACGGUCCUGUAAACUGCGUACACAAUUGCUGCUGCACGAUGUAACCUGUUAAAGUUUAUCGAAGAGUCAUCGUUAUUUGGGUUAUCUUGUCAAGUCAUGAAAGGCAGAGGCUUACUUUAGAGGCAUACGUAUUGUGCACCAUUAUGAAUAAAUACAAUAUUUGCAUAAUACAUAAUAAAGGUUUUUGGGUUAGAUCGCGUUUAUUUAUAAAUGUGUCGUAACCCUCCACCACCCGAC